AUGGACGCCUCGGGGAUCGCCGUCGGCCCGCUUCUUCUCUCGGCCUCCGCCCGCGCCCCUUCCCUCUCGCCGAGCCAUUGCCGGUUCCGCCGAGCGGCCGUCGCCGUCGCGCAUCUCUGCGGCCUGAUUUUGCGCGGCAAAAGAUAUAUUGAACAAAGUCCAUUUGUGCAAUGGGCAAUAUUGGAGCUGCAGAUGACGAAUAUCAGAGGUGAUCUUUUGUUCAAUAUCAGGGAUUAUUCUAAAGAAAAGAUUGAUCCAAAUGAAGAUACAGAAUGGAAUGACAUAUUAAGAGAUUUUGGGAUUCUGCCUCCCAAAGAGGAGGUUAAGGAUGAAAUUGAAGAAAUGGUUUUACGUUUACAAAAGAAAGCAGAAGUGAAGCCUUAUGAAAAAAUGAAUCUGAAGCAACUGAAAGAGGCAGAAGAUGAUUUUGAUGAGGAAGAUUUAAAAGCUGUUGAAAUGUACAGGAAACAACGUUUAGCAGAAUUAAAAGCUCUACAAAAGAGACAGAGAUUUGGAGAACUGAAUGAAAUUUCCGGGGAUCAGUAUGUGAAGGAAGUCACAAAUGCACCAAAGGAUGUGUCGGUUGUCAUCCAUCUGUAUAAUGCAAGUAUUCCAAUGUGUGCAUUGGUUAACAGACACCUGAGUCUAUUAGCCGUAAAAUUUCCAGAAACCAAGUUUGUGAAAGCCGUUGCCAAGAGCUGCAUUGAAAACUAUCAUGAUAAUUGCUUGCCUACAAUAUUUGUCUAUAAGGAUGGUAAAAUUGAAGGCAAGUUAAUUGGAGUUGUGGAGUUUGGUGGAACAGCACUUACGGUAGAAGAUCUUGAAUGGAAGUUGGCAGAAUUUGGGGCUGUAAAAACGGAUUUAGAAGAAAACCCCAGGAAAGGUAUUAGGGACAUGAUGAUGUCCUCACUUAGAAAGGCUUCUAUAGAUGAUAACUAG